AUGCUAAGGCACCGAGCCCAGUCUUCUCUCAAGCUGGGACAGCCGCCCGCGGUCACAAACGGUCACUUUUUUCCACAGGUUUUUCCGGGGGGUACUCCUGGGAAUUAAUGAUUGGAGUGUGCCGCCCGUUUCUCCAAAUCGUGACCCUAUUUCAGACCAAAGAAUGUAAUUUUCCAGACCCAUUUUCAGACCAGACCUCUAAAAUCCAUACCCGUUUUCAGACCUGUCCUUUAGACAAAAAUAGUGUUACCAUUACUUAGAUUAGAGCACAAACAAAACAUUCUUCAAAUCUAUUUCGAAUUCGCAUAUUUAUCGUUCUCCCUUAUUCAUUUGGAAUUGAAACGACAAAUACGCUCAUACACUCCCGUAGUUCCCUCGAGACCCAUACCAGAUUAGAGACCAAAAUGGACGAAGUGUAUACCCGUUUUCAGACCAAAACGGUGCAAAAACCCUACCCGAUGGGGCAGCACAUACCUAUAUAGCUUAUAUAAGGGAGUACCCCCCCCACCCCCGCUGCAGAGAAAGUGUUUAAAAAAAAUAAAAGACAUGAAAGGCUGUUAAAGGUUAACUUUUAUCAUGACAAUGAUUUUUCUUUUCAAUGUACCAAAGAAAUGACACAACAAAAACCCAGAUAAAACAAAUGUCGGCCCCCGUGUCAUGUUAUCUCGUUCUCAGUAGACAGAGACCACGGAUUUUUGUUGGUUGUAUCGCUUGAUGCUACUGGUCAUUCUUAAUUUACGUUUGAUUUUUUUCGUUUGUUUUUAGUAGGCGUUGACUAUGUUUGUGUUAAUUGUUUUGCGCGCGCAUUUAAUCCUUGAUAAAAAGUUGCAAUGCUGAUAUUUAACUGACAAUUAAAAGGGGUUAAAUACUACCUGGUUAAUACGACUAAUACGAGAAUGUCGUAAUACAUGCAUUUUGUCGUGAAAUUACUUUCAGAGCCAAGACGAGUAUAUUGAUUGAAUUAGGUUUCCGAGUUCAAUAUCUGGAACAAUUUCCCAUUUAGAUCAAUUUCUUUAAUGCGUAAUUUAAGUCUAAUUUCCUUGAACUUGAGUGCUUUGAGUUUUUUUUUCUCAUUUUUAAUUUAAUGAAACUGACCAGAGUCGAAAAGACAAUAAUGCACUUAAAAAAUACGCUUCAAGCACUUUGUACCCGACCACUUUAGGUUUCGUCACGAAGCACCUAUUUUUUGACUUGCAAUUGCGCUUUCAUGGCCUCUAGCGCUCUACUGUUUGUGGCGUCGUCAGCUAUUUUGCCGCGUCAUCUUUAGCCUGGCAACAGGCUCCACAGUGGGGGAAAAAGGCAAAAAACGGGGUCAAACAGGAAAAAUAUCGGCGAACGAAUCGAGCCCAGUGGUGGCCUGGGGAGGGGGAAAGGGCGGCACCCUUUCCCGUCCGCCCCAGAGUACCUCUCGGCUCUCUUCACUCGCCGAUUUUUUUUCCUUUUUCGCCCAAUGUGGAGCCUGAUCCCAGGCUACGUCAUCUUUUAUUUUUUAACGCAGCGAGUAAAAUGAAAAAGUGCGGGAAUUGAUUACUUAUAUCUGCCUGGAAUUGGUUCAGAGUUUUCAUUUUAAAAAAUGAAGAGAAAACUUGCAUCCUCGCGAAAUUCGUUCAGUUCGCCACUUAUCUUUAUGGCUGUUUUUUUAUUUACUUGUGGCGCUUUCCAUUUGUCAGAACUGACCGGCCAGGACAUUCCCUUCGUAACGAGAAUUGUAUUUUUAAUCAAAGCUAUCCAGCCAGAUCAGUCAAAUCCUAAAUAGCACGCACGAAGGAAAUCAUUUUUCAUCAAAAACUCGAAAGCCUAUUUCAUUUUCAAAAUGACCGGUGCAGCCAUGGUCCGACCUGCCAGGAGGUCUGACUUUAGGAAAGCGCCCUUACUUUCAUUACUCUUAUUAUGCUUUUUUCAAGUGGCGUCGGUUAAAAUAUGUGAAACACUGAGAUCACGGUUCUGGAAGGGACAAGCUGGUGCCAAGGAGACAGAAAGGAGCUGGAAACACGAAGAAACUACGAACAGCAUAAUAUCAUCCUGGGGUAGGCUCCCUUUCGCCAUGUUACGAAAAGAAGUGUCACUUUGACUAAGAGCAGAAGUAAAAGAUCAAUAAAUUAAGAUCGUUCUUUAAGCAUAACCCCAAAAGAUCGCUUUACUGUUGACGGUUUCGACGCCUGACAGCCGUAUUUUCAAAUUAAACUUCCUCAAGAGUAAUAAAAGAUGAUGUAUUUGCAUUUUAUAUGAACAGCAAAGCCUAUCUGACGCCGCAAGAAUAUUAAUUUUGUAUGAUCUCUUACAUUUAGCGUUUCAAUGAAAAUUACUUAAGUGAUCCCUCAUAUAUUACUACUGGCGUGUAAAAGCUGCUAAUUGUCCGAAAUUAAGCACAGCACGUUGUCGUCUUGAAAAUGUGUCUGUCUGAUAUCAAAUAAGUGUAUAGUGAAAAUACUGCAUUCGGUAUAUCAUGGGAUAUAUUUUCUAAUCUGCCUGGCCCAGACAGAGGGUCGUUUCCUUUCGUACUGCCACCUAGUUCAUGAGGGGGAACACUACGUCUCACGUAGCUUGAUAAGGAACAGAAAAAAAUAAGAUGAAGAAGUUGCAUGACCAAAUUCGAUAGAUAAACCACUCGCUCAACAAAGCGCGGUCGACGCCUAUAGUGCGUGGGCUGUUCUAACAGAGCUCCAGAAGGAGUUAUUCAUCACCAGUUCGUGUUUAAUUUAACAGCUUUAGAAAUCCCAACUUUUGAGCAUUUUUUGUAUUAUCUUUUUUUAUUUCUCGGAGAUAUUAGCUGUUGUAGCUAGUUUAUGAUUCAACGUGAAAUUAAGUUUAUGUAUGUACCAGAAUCCACUAUAAAUUAUGCCCCAAAUAUUUCCCCCGAAUCGAUGUCUAGCCUGUUCACAGACCCUCGAUUUUCUCUUCAAAGUCCGUCGAGCGCUCGUGGUAAAAUAUGAACCGCAGGGGAUUUAUUGACCGCUCGUUCUCUCACGCUCGCUUCUCUCGCCGAUGUUUUCGAAAUGAACGAAAAGAAAAAGAAAACAACGUCUUUGUACAGGCUAACCGAUGUCUGCAUUAACGUUUGGCUCAUAACUUUCUCUUCAAUAUUGGUUGUGUGGGUGUUUAUCGCGACUAAAUGUUUUCCCUAAUCAUUAUCACGAUCGAUGAUGAGAAAGUUGUCGAUGUUUCCACACGCGUGUAUCACUAAAAGAUUAAAGGUGGCUUUCAACUGUUGCACAAGUUUUACGUGCGUACGGGCGUAAAUUUUACGCUGUAAAUAAAAUAAAGGCAAUGUAUGAAGAGUCGCCCGUAAACGUAAAAGUUGAGGGAGGUUCAACUUUUAUGUUUAAGCGCAACUUUUUAUUCAUUGCCUCCAUUUCAUUUAGCCACGUAAAUUUUACGCGAAAACGUACGUAAAAAUUACGCGAUAAGGCAGUGGAAAUCCACCUUAACCUGCUUUCUCGGAAUCUUGCACGGUGUUUAUGGUCGUCUAGAAGCAAGGGUUAGGAUGUGAAGACAAGUUUAUUAGAGCGAAAGCAAGCCUCCCGCGCCUCUUCUUAAUUCAUUUCAUUCAUGUCCGACUCACUAACUGUCAAAAAUGACCAUUUUUGAAGUAGUUUUCAAUAUCGAAGAAUUAACCAGCUGGCGCUCCCGUCAUUGUGUGGUGGUUGGUUCAUUUCGCUACGAUAUUAUUCAUCUUUCUAGCUGUUUAUCAAAAUUUGUUCUUUUUUUAUAAAAUCUGAAUCGCCCAACCACUUGUCAGGUAUAAGAACUUUUGAUACCUCUCGUUCUAAAGUCUUUUGUUUCUCGAUCUUCACAGUACUGAAAAUUUAAAAGAAACUCAUAGGUGUUGGGAUAAACAUAAUAUAGGGUUAUUUUAAGCGUAAUUGCAGUUUUAAGCAGAUGUUGUGGUUAUAGUAGCGACUACACCGAAUACUGCACGUGGAGCACACCAAUUUUUCUUUAAGCUUAACAACAGAAGGCUUCCUUGACAAUUAAGACUUGCUUUUUUGGAGUUAAAUUAACUUUAACCAUAAUUUUACAUUAGCAUAAUAAAAUCAUAUUUUAUUUAGCAGGUUUAGGGUAAAAAUGUUUAAAAGCUGUGAAAACAACCUCGAGUCAUACAAUUUAAACAGAAGCCGAGAAGCCAACGACGAGUUAGCAUCAUUACCUCAAGCCUGAUUGGAAUUUCACGCGAGAUCAAAUCUUCACUUCUUUUAACUGGAAUAACUGAAAGCAAGAAAAAUGUAAGUUUGUCCGUUUUAAAGUUAUCCAGAAAGUCCAGUCAGGUUUUUUGGAAAUAAGACGAAGCCAUUUUAAACUCUAUGAAAUAUCUAUAUAACGUUGCUUAGACCAUUGAAAGCUAAUGUUUCGAGCCCGUUUUACUGCUUAACUUAGCCUGCCGACGCAGACAUAUUUCUGGUUGUCGCUAAAUACGUCUGCUUUGACAGGCUGUUUUACAAAUCUUGGAAAGUAAAGAAUUCAGACUGUUAAAAACACACUGUUUUCAUUUAUACUCAAUUUUUUUUGUUUGUUUUUUCAUGAUUGCGGAUCUGGACAAUCGAUAAUCCUAAGUCUCAGAAGUUUGCGAGUAAUUUCUUGAUGUAUAAUAACCCGGGAAAACAGCCGAUAUUUCAGGACGCCACGACUGGUUUCCUAGCGAAAUGACGUCUGAGAAACGAGCGCAGAAAUUCUAUGCUGACGGCUAUCACUACCCACUAAUUCUGAUUGGUUGAAGUAAAUUCUCCUAGGGGCAUGACCAUUGAUCUAUGGGUGACACGUCAUCAGUGUGGAAUUCUGCGUUCGUUCCUCAGACGUCAUUUCGCUGGGAAACCAGUGGCAGCGUCGCGAAAUGUCGACUAUUUUCUUAGGUUUAUAGUGCCUUAACUAGAACAAUGACCUUGAAUUGUUCCAGGAUUUUUGUAUAUAUCAUCGAUUCUAUUUUUGAAAUAAUCAGUUCUAUGAAUUCUAACUUGCCCUGAGUACCCAACAACUUAGUCCAAAUUUUAUUACAAAACCAUCCAGGAACUCUUAUUGAUUUAUUUUUAGGAUGUCGAAAGUUAAUUAAAAGGUAGGGAAAAAAUGCUACCUUUUGCCGGAGUUUCUCACGGCUCAUGCACUUCUCGUUGUGUUGUUAACUCCUUUGUAGAUGACGUGCGAGAUAAGACCUGUCAUGAUAAUUGCAACGGUGGUGACUGUUCUGCUUUUUCAAACUGUGGAAUGUGGUCUACCAUGCGCUGACAGGUGCUGGGAGACCUACGACAUCUGCACUGCUGAUUGUAGGAGCAAUGACUGUAUUUUCAGGGACUGCGGAAUUCCCUUCUCUCAAUGCAACCAUGCCUGCUAUAGGAAAAGGAAUUUAGCGCUGCGGGGCCUGGACAAAAAGAGUGCUGAAUUAGAAAACGACGAAUUGUCUGCUUUUCGUUUGAAACGUUAAAUCAGUACAAAUUUAAAAGUCACUAUGUCUAAAAUAAAGACAAAAAAACAAAAAAUGAGAGUAAAACUUUGUACCUUAAUUUUUGCAGAUUAUAAGCAAAAAAUAUAUUUGUUAUAUCCUAUAGCUUUUUGUCUUGUCUAUUUAGUUCUAUCAUUAAAGCUUGUACUGCCAAUAACUCGUCCUUGUUCGUCAUGGAACUUAGGACAGGUCUCCAGGAGCGACGCAAAUGAAACGCAUGGCCGGUGCGUAUCUUUUACCUUGCGUUCUCGCUUGCAUUUGCAUCGUCCCGGUUAACACGUGUGAAAAUCAAAUUCUGUUCUAAACAACAGUCUUCCCAACAACACUCAAAUAACAACGAACAACAUUUCUUAUUUAUUGUGCCGUAGUAGGCCCCUACGCUUUAUUGAAGACCAACUGAGCCUAAAAAACGGAAUAGUAAAGAAUGCAUCACAGAAUACAUCAGGUCGUAAUCAUACAAAACAUCUUACAAUUAAUCAAAAACUCCACGAUAAUUUAAAUUUCACGCAGAAAAGGAAGCGUAACGACCGAGAAUGACUCGCAUACUAAACAGCCUAUAUUUAUACCAAAAUACAAAUACUACGCUGGGCGUAUUAAAACAUACAAUUGCAUUCAGAAAUACUGGAGUCGUAAUCAUACAAAACAUCUUACAAUUAAUCAGCGGGUAAAAUAAUAGCGAACAGAAAUCAAUUCUUUCGAAAUGCUACGCAACCGAAGAGAAUUUACAACGCUGUCACCCAAACACAAAAGACGGCGAAAUCACCAAGGCAAGAAAUGAAUUUUCCUUUUUCAAGUUUUUUCUUCGUCUGUGAUAAGACCCUUCACACUCGAAUUUUCUUGUGUCGUACGUGUAAAUCAGAUCUUAACGUUACUACUUUAGCGAAGUAAUUACUUGCGAAUGCAAAAUCACAGCCUCGUGGCAAACACCCCCCGGUAAUAUGUCUCUCGAAAGUUAUAUAUAGUUAUAUUUCAAAAUCAACAGAGACGAACUUUGAAAAACUGUGAGGUUUUCUAAAACUUUAUUGUUAUCGAUCCGCUUUAAUCUUCUUCGAUUUUGUCCACCUGUACGUCUUCUUUUGUAUAUCUGCUCUAAUACUAAAAGCCUUCCUUUAUUGUUGCUUUUAAUUAAGAGCUUGUUUCUGUGUUUGGCUCAAUUUAUUGGCCGGUUUCCACUGCCUGAAUUUGACUAAAUUUUGAGGUACAGCUCUUAUAACAUUACCCAUUGGUGGUUACCAUUGACCAAUUAAUUAAAUGGGACGUAGUAGUAUAAGAAGAGCCAAAUUAACUUUUUUCCCGGGGGGGGUAACGAAACCUUAACCCCGAUGGCGACAGGCGCCUCUGUCAAAGUUAUCCUACCUGAAUAUUUUACCCGUCAACAGGUAAUUAUUGAUUUACUGUUAGUGCCAAAAGAGGUCAUCAUAGACCACGCUAAUAAGCGUCAACUUAACAAAUUAAAAGAUGUAAAUAUCCCAGCUCUAAAAUGUUUAACUUGAUAUUGAAGGGCCUCCAUGGGGUUAGGGGAAAAGGGAUAUCUUGAAAUAUCGUUCAGGAGACCAACCGGAAAACUGCUGAUAUUUCAGGGAAAGGGGAGCAUCCGGCUUUCCGUUACCAGCAUUCUAAUAUAAUUCCUUGUUCAUCAGUCUAGAUCAUCAAUUCAAGCGCAUCAAUUCAGUUACUGGAUUACAGGACGGAUUGUGCAGGUUGUUAGCUAGAAUAUGCAGCGCUAAACUUGAUCUUCCAUUCAAAGCAUCUAUCAGGAAGAACCUUUUCAUUCACAAACACGCGAGAUAAAUUAUAAUGGCUAAAUGACACAGAUAACUGAUCAUUACGCAAGUCCUUGUUGAACGAAAACUGGUACAAGAAAAAAAAAAGAAAGAAUACUUGCUUUCGCUUCGGCUCAUACUUUUAGCAACUUAACUCAACAAAUAAUUGUAGUGUUUUCAAGGUCGAUAAAUUCGGUCAGUCCUGGGAACAGAACAGAUCAAUUACCGAUUUAAUUUUUUUCCCGCGAGGAAUAUAAUCCAAACACUGACCCUGCGAGAAGAAGCUGCUUAUCUUUCGUACGCGUUCAUACCGACAAAAAGUAUCCACUGUUCUCAGGCCAAAGAAAAAAUGUCUGAUUUAAGGCCCGUUACCCGAACUAUUUGAGCUUUUGCGCGACUUUUGCUGAUUUUCGGCGGAAUUUUAUGGCAUUCCGGUCUUUAUGCGUGGUAUAUUGUCUAUACUGAUAAAAACUAUAAAUAACCUCAGCUUUGUGUUCGCUACCUCACUCUCACGCGAACAAAAAGUUCCAAUGAAAUCGCGGACAGUUCACAGCACAAAAGGCGCUGAACAAAUAACAUGCAAACUUCUGCUUCAUUAAGAAUGAUUCUUCAUCUUUCACCUACUAUCAUUUCUCCAACCCCAUUAUUUCCUAUUGUGGAAGGGAAUCAAUGAAGACUAAAGUACAGUUGACUCCCGAUAACUCGAACCCUCACUAACUCGAACCUCGCGCUAACUCGAACCAAAAUCGAUUUCCCCUGGAUUUCCGUCAUACAUUUACUGUAAUUUUACCCUCGGUAACUCGAACCGUCGAUAACUCGAAACUCCCGCUAACUCGAACCAUGUUUUGAGCCCUUAAAAAGUCGGGAAAAAAGAGUGUACUGCCUCCGAAAAAUUGAAUUUUGAAUUUCCCAUUGACGUGUUGUAGGCAUAUAGUUUACUAGUGGAUCGAUAGUGGAGGCGGAUGUUGUUUGCCAUAAAUCUAACGUGAAAUAGCUUUACUUCUCAAAAAGUAAAAUGCAUGCUCUAUUUAGGCAACGUUUUGUUACUUAACGUUCUGAUUUAUAAUCUAACAGUAUCUUUCAAUUUUCACUCAACAUUUUUACAAUUAGAUGUGAUUAGAAUACUCACUGUGCAGUAAAAACUGAUUUUUUCCUUACUCCCGGCUAUUUUUUUCGAGCUCCCGAUAACUCGAACCUUUUUCGAUUUCCCUUGAAGGUUCGAGUUAUCGGGAGUCGACUGUAGAUCCUUAGUCUAGUAUCAAAAAAACUUUUUCAGUGAAGAUCUUUAGGAAAUUGUUAUUUUUUCAAGACAGAAUAACGGGAUAAACUGUUCACUGUCCUCUAUUUUCCCGUAAUAUCGUCGAGAUCGAGCGCUAUGCGUUACGGGUUGCCAUCUUGGAUGACGGUCAAAAGUACGUAGUGGGCAGUGGCAGUUUGGGAGGAAGCGAGAAGACUAUUUUCUCGCCCUCCUCCCCCUAGAGCUGCAGAUAUAAUCCCCGACGCCCGCCCCAUCGGUACAUUUGAAAAUCAAGGUGGCGGCCAUUAACGGUAAGACGCGUUAUACGAUGACGAUCUCUCGGAAAAAUAGGGGACUGUGAACUAUCUAGUAAAUGGAUUCUCUCUUGAUUUCGAGAAAAUUUCGAGGGUGGAAGCAGAUUAAAAACAAGGUGAGUGUAUAGUAAUUGCUUUUUUAUGUUCAUUAUGUCCGGGUUUGUGUCUUUAUUUGCUUGUGGACGUCUUUAUCAAGGUCUCGAUACAGAGCGUUUCAGUGAUAAAUGUCAAAGGAGAAGGGAGAUUUUAAUGUGUUUGGCCGCCCUAUUUGCCGAUUUGCGAAUAAAGAUUGCACUCGAGAGGAUGCGCAACGACGAUUUUUAGCGCAACACAGUGUUGCAAUAUUGUUGCGAUAUUGUCUUGAAUGGUUGCACGAUGGCAACGCUGUGUGGGGCGAAAAAUCGUCGUUGCCUGUCGUCCCGUGCAACAUCACCUAAAUGAAGGUCUGAAGAUCAAAUCCUCCUUCAUUUUUUUCUCUGUGCAUUCAGCAGUAGUGAAGUGCCAGGCAAAAAUACUUCUAAUCGGAGUUAAACCGCCGACUUUAGCUUGCUGGUCUUGGGAGAAAAGAGAGGAA